AUGACCACAGCAACAUUCAAAUACAUCGAUCCAGCCUCGUACGAUGCCACCGCCACGGAGCCAUUCAAGAAACCGUGGGGCAAAGUCGACGGCCCAGGCUACUCCUACAAACUCACAGAUCGGGAGCGCAAAGUCUCAGAUCUCCGCGGCCAGGAGGCAGACUUCAACACCGACAAUGCUGGCUUUGCUUUGUACAAUUCACCAGCCAAGGAGACCACAUUCACCGACGACGCAGAAGUGCAAGCGGGGUACUACGCUGAAGUCGAAGCCCUUCUACGGGCGAAGCUGCCAGGCGUGAAAAAAGUCGUCAUCUUCGACCACACCAUCCGCCGCCGCAUUUCGGGCUCAGCGCGCAGCCCUGUACAGCUAGUCCACGUGGACCAGACGCCCCGGGCUGCUGAGGCAAGGCUGCGCCGCCACCUGCCGGAAGAUGAAGUGGAGGAACUGUUGAAGGGACGGUACCAGAUUAUCAAUGUCUGGCGGCCGAUUGAGAACCCAGCUUCUGAUUUCCCGCUGGCGCUGAUUGAUUGGAGGAGCAUUGCCCCUGAGGACUUCGUUAAGGUUGAUUUGCUCUAUCCCAAGGCGUGGCAGGAACACGAGGAAGUCGCGCCUGAUUCUGCGUCGACGUUUUCGACAGAAGGGUAUGAAGUCAAGGGGGAGACUUACGCUAUUGCUCCUAAUGAGGGGCAUCGGUUUUUCUAUGCUAAGGAUAUGACGCCCGAAGAAGUCAUGUUCAUCAAGUGUUUCGACUCGAGGAGUCACACUAUGACCGAGGGGAAGACGGAUAUUGCUCAUGGAUCUGGUCAUACUGCUUUCGAAGAUCCGCAGACUCCUGCCGGUUCGCCUGGGCGGCAGAGCAUUGAGGUUAGAUGCUUGGUCUUCUAUGAAUAG